AUGUCUGCGACGAAACUUUUAGUAAUAACAGGGCCGCGUGUGCUAACUUCUCUUUCUACUGAAGCCUCGCCGGGGACACUGGAAAUAGAUCAAACCGGAAAAAUAACAGCAAUAUACGCUAAAGAAAGCGUACACGCGACCGAUUAUCCGUUUCUUGCUCCUGAAAAAUUCAUAAAAGUUGGUAGCGAACAAGUGGUGCAAUGCGGUCUAGUAGACGCUCAUGUUCAUUUAAAUGAACCAGGAAGAACGGCUUGGGAAGGCUUUGAGAGUGGAACGAGGGCGGCUUGUGCUGGUGGUGUGACCACUGUUAUAGAUAUGCCAUUGAAUUCUAUACCACCCACCACAACGGUUCCAAAUUUACACGCGAAAAUAAAAGCAGCUCGUGACAAGUGCUGGGUUGAUGUUGGUUUCUAUGGAGGAAACGAAUUAGUGCCACUGAUCAAAGCAGGCGUUAAAGGGUUCAAAGCUUUUAUGAUUGAGAGUGGAGUUGAGGAAUUUCCGGCGUGUCUUGUAGAGGAUGAUCUGCGUAAGGCUUUUGAGGAGCUUAAGGGCCAUGAUUCAUUAUUUAUGUUUCAUGCAGAAAAGGAAGAGAAUGAAGAAAAAAAUCAAUCUGUUAUUGAAGAGGAUAGUAAUAAAAAUCAAGCUUACGUUCAAUUUUUAUCUUCACGACCUCAAUCACUCGAGUUAAACGCCAUAAAAUUAAUCGCACAAUUAACAUCCGAAUAUCAAACUGUUCGUACACACAUUGUACACUUGUCGGCUGCAGACGCGUUACCAGUUAUACGCGAGGCAAAAAGAGCCGGCGCUCCAUUGACUGUGGAAACGUGUUUUCAUUACCUGUGCCUGACGGCUGAGCAGGUUCCCAUUGGUGCUACUAAAUUCAAGUGUUGUCCCCCGAUAAGAGAUAAUGCGAAUAGGGAAUUGCUAUGGGAGGCUUUAAGAGAUGGUACCAUAGAUUCUGUGGUAUCGGAUCAUUCUCCAUGUACCGUUGAUUUGAAGUUAACAGACAAAGGUGAUUUUAUGAGAGCGUGGGGUGGUAUUUCUUCGUUACAGUUUGGGUUACCCGUGUUAUGGACUGAAGCACGAAAACGAGGAUUCAGUAUAAAUGACCUUCACAAAUGGUUAUCACGAAAUACAGCUAAACAAGUAAGAUUAGAUGACAGAAAAGGUGAAAUAAAGGUUGGCUUCGACGCUGAUAUUGUUAUUUGGAGUCCAGAAGAAACAUUUACUGUUGCCAAAGAAAACAUUCAAUUUAAAAAUAAAGUUACACCUUAUGAAGGCCAAGAACUCUAUGGGGCAGUAAAGAAAACUAUUUUAAGAGGUCAAAUUGUGUUUGAUUCUGAAAAGGGUGGAAUCGUUGGAAGUCCCAUUGGCAAAAUGUUGAUUUAG